CUCCACUGUCAGUGGGUCUUGAGUUGUCUUCUCUGACAAGUGUCAUUUCUCGUCUGAAAAUGUUCAGCAAGGACCGUCUCUUGAGAGCGCUGAAUUUGAAGCCAGAAAGACCCAUGAAAUACCCUUAUACACUUGCGGCGCAAAUUAUGCAGUUCCCAUAUGCAUUUCACCUAAAAAACCAAUGGAUAUGGAGGUAUUACGUUUAUGCGGUCAUCGUAUGUGUUCCAGUUUUUUGGAAACUGAAUAAAAUGGCUAAUUCACCAGGUAACGUGCAGAAAUGGAAAGAACUCAAACGACUGGAGAAAGAACAUUUGAAACAUAGAUGGGAUUGACACGAUACAACGAAUUA